UCAAUCAGAUGUUCCCUGUCUGUUCUGGAUCUACCAGAUAUAUGAAUAUGUUCUUGUCAUCUACACUCUCUCUUCCAGAGAUGCCAUCAUCACCAGUUCCAUCAACUCCCUGACCAGCUUCUUCUCUGGCUUCGUCAUCUUCUCCUUCCUGGGUUAUAUGUCCCAUAAACACAGCGUGCCACUGGACAAGGUGGCCACAGACGGUCCUGGUCUGGUGUUCAUCAUCUACCCAGAAGCCAUUGCAACAUUACCAGGAUCAUCAGUAUGGGCAGUUAUCUUCUUCAUCAUGUUGUUGACUCUGGGCAUCGACAGUGCUAUGGGAGGGAUGGAGUCAGUGAUCACAGGAUUGAUGGAUGAGUUCAAGUUUCUCCACAAACACCGGGAACUCUUCACCCUCUUCAUCGUUGUGUCCACCUUCCUCAUCUCACUGUUCUGUGUCACUAAUGGUGGUAUCUAUGUGUUCACUCUGCUGGACCAUUUUGCUGCUGGGACAUCCAUUCUCUUUGGAGUGCUUAUUGAGGCCAUCGGCAUCGCCUGGUUCUACGGAGUGGAUCGCUUCAGUGAUGACAUUGAGGAGAUGAUCGGACAGAGACCAGGCCUGUACUGGAGACUGUGCUGGAAGUUUGUCAGCCCAUGCUUCCUCCUGUUCAUGGUGGUGGUGAGCUUCGCGACCUUUAACCCUCCGAACUACGGGACGUACACGUUUCCCAUUUGGGCCAACAUGAUUGGCUGGUGCUUGGCUAUAUCCUCCAUGACCAUGGUGCCUCUCUAUGCUAUCUACAAGAUGUGCACCUUACCUGGGAAGUUCUGUGAUAGACUGGCCUACGCCAUAACGCCUGAGCACGAACACCACUUGGUGGAUAACGGAGAAGUUAGGAGGUUUACGCUCCAACACUGGAUGGUGAUCUGAGCCCAGGAAGAAGACAGAGGUCCGUUCACAUGGAGGAUGGAUGGAUA